AUGAGGAUUAAGCCAAGAACGAAUAUGCUCUCUGUUCGUAUUGUUAUCACAGAUCAUUAUUUAGCAGAGGCUAAUCCCGAAUUUGAUCCAAAACAAUCCGAAUUACUUCGUCAUGAUGUGAAACGUGUGCCAGUAAUCCGAAUAUUUGGUCCGAACCAAGAUGGCAAAAAAGUUUGUCUUCAUCUUCAUGGUGUAUUUCCAUAUUUACUAAUUAAAUGUACAAAUGAUGAUAUUCGUUAUGCCCAUCAAUUGGCUCAUAGUCUUGAUAAAGCGAUUAAUUUAUCAUAUGGAAAUGGUGACUCACAAGCCCAACAUGUCCAUGAUAUUGACCUUAUUCAACUCUUGCCAAUCUAUGGUUAUCAUGAAAAGAAGGAAACGUUUUGGAAAAUAUAUUUUUAUAAUCCACAAGUAAUUCGAAAAGCAUCUGAUCUUUUGUUAGGUGGUGCAGUUAUGAAUCAAUCAUUCCAGCCACACGAAGCCCAUGUACCACUCAAUUUACAAUUUUUCAUUGAUUAUAAUUUAUAUGGUAUGAAUUUUAUUCUAUUUCGUUAUGGAAAAUUAAGAAAAUCAUCACAAACGAGACAGGGUAUUUCAAAUCCGGGAUUGCAAGCCCUUUGGGAUGGAGAAAGAUCAAGACGUCAAAAAGAAAAACUUCAUCAACCUCUGACACCACCAACAUCACCGGAACGUCCAAAUGCAAAUCCGUUUGACGCCGAAAUCAAGAAUCGCGAAAAAUUAAAAGUAUUUGUUUCAAAAAGAGCGAAAAAGCCGUUGAUUUUAUCAAAUGAACAAGAAUCAACCGUAAAGAUAGAUCGAGAUGAAGCCACUGCCACUGUGGAUAUUGUUCAAAUACAAAGAAUCAAUUCAAAUAGUCAGCAUGCAGCGUUAUUAGCUGAUGAAAAUUCACCUCAGAAUGCCGAUAUCGAUCGUUUAGCUGAUCUAUUAGCUGAUCUUGAUGAUUCACAGGCAGUAGAAAAUGACAGUAUACUCGCAGUUAAUACGAAAACGAUCGAACAUAUUGCUGAUGAAGACGAAUUAAUUGAUGAUGAGCAACCGCAGAGAUCACUAAGUUCAAGAUCAACUACAUUGAAAAGAAAAUUAUCGAAUGAAGAUACAGUGGAACCACCUUAUAUUCCUGCAAUAGCUGAAGUAUUAAAUGGUGAUGUCGACUACAAAUUGUCAGAUGAUAUAUUAGUACAACAAAUCACAGUGGAUGGAACCAAUGGUUCUGAUAAGAUGGAAGAAGAGCGAAUAAAAAAUCAGAAAAUUGCGUUAGAAAAAUUUUUUGUCAAUGGACAAGAAACGAAAGUAGAUUAUUGCUGGUUAGAAACAUGUCAAAGACCACCAAAGAAAAAAUUAAGUGCUUAUAGUCGAAAAAAAGCAACAAAUAUUGUUUGUCAAGAUAUCGAAGACGAAACAGAACGAGUGAAAAUGUUCUCUGCAAUUCCAGAAUAUGUCUCAAAACACUCUCACUGUCAUUUUGAUUCGACAGAAUCAAAUAAUGCCUAUACCAUGCCUCAUAAUGAUCGAAUUACACAAUGGUAUGAACCGUUGUUACAACCACCCCAUCCAAAAUAUUAUAGACAAAUGAACAUCAAGAACAAAAUUGAUUUGAACAACGCAUCAUUAUUAAACGAAAAUAAUACACAAAUUUUGGAUGAUUCAUGGAAUGAUAUAUCAUUUGCACUAGAAACACAAGACAAAGACAGUGAUUCAGGUCAAUCUUUCUCUCAACAGAAAAAACUCAAUACAAGUCUAUCAUCCACAUCUCAACGAUAUCGUCGUUCAUCAUCAACAACAAGUGUUCAACAACAGAAAACAGGCGUUCAUCAACCACGAUGUUUUCGUUCAUUAUUGUCUGAACGUAUACAAAAACAUAGAAAGAAAAAAAGCUUAAAACGAUCACGAAAACAAAUUCAAACAAAUUUAGAAUCAAGUUAUUUAUCAUUGACUUGUUCACUACCUUUACGUAAUGAACCAAAAUCACGUACAAAUUUAUUUCAUAAACAAUCUACAAUUACAAAUGCAUUUUUGCGAAAAUUUGCAGCUAAACCGAUUUGUUCAAGAAAUUUAUCAGUGAUAGAUCAAGCAACAUUAAAUAAUAGUCAUGGUUUUCGUAUAGAUCAAUUUAAUAUGGAUGAUUUAUUACAUGAAUGUCAAUAUUUAACAAUUUUAUCAUUUGAAUUACUAUGUAAAACAGAAGAACAAUUUGCUUAUUUAUUAGAAAAAGAUGAAAUAUGUUGUAUAUUUUUUACAGUGUCUAAUGAAACAAUGUCCGGAUGGCAAUGUGAAACAUGUGCUCUAAUUUGUGAUAAAUAUUUUUAUCAUGAUGAUCCAGUAUCAAUAUUAAAAACAUUUAACCAAGAUAAACAUUCCAUUGAAUUAUUUUCUAAUGAAAAAGAUUUAAUAUUGAAAUUUAUAACAAUUGUUGAACAAUACGAUCCAGAUAUAUUGACAUGUUAUGAUAUAAAGCUAGGAUUAAACUAUUUAAUAAAACGUGCAUAUCAAAAAUAUAAUUUCGAUUUAUUAAGCCAAUUAAGUCGUAUACCAAAGCAAAAAGAAAAUUCUCAUCGUAUAAGAACACAAAUGCAAGCAGAUGGUACAGAAUUACCAGUUAUUGCAGGUCGAAUACUAUUAGAUUUAUGGAAAAUAUUACGAAGUGAAGUAACAUUAAAUGUUUAUACUUUUGAAAAUGUUGUUUAUCAUGUAUUACAUGAAAGAAUACCAAAAUAUAAUUUAGAUUUAUUAUCAAAAUGGUUUACUGGUCAAAAUAAUACAAAUGAUCGGUUUAUUGAAUCCUAUGGUUUACGCAAUAUAUCGUGUUUACUCGACUAUUUUUGGACACGAACAGUUGGAAAUUUUCGUCUGUUAUAUCAAUUAGAUUUACUAAAUAAAACAUCAGAAUUUGCUCGUGUAUAUGGUAUUGAAUUUUAUCAAGUUUUAUCACGUGGCAGUCAAUAUCGUGUUGAAUCAAUGAUGAUUCGUUUAGCCAAAUGUUUAUCUUAUGUCACUGUAACACCAGAUAAUUAUCAACGUUUGCAUAUGCGUGCACCUGAAUGUAUCCCUCUUACAUUAGAACCAUUGUCAAAUAUUUAUUUUUCUCCUAUAGCUGUACUUGAUUUUCAAUCAUUAUAUCCAUCAAUAAUUAUUGCUUAUAAUUUAUGUUUUUCAACGUGUCUUGGUCGUAUUGAUCAAUUAAAUAAACAAGGACCAUUUAAAUUUGGUUGUACAUCAUUGACAAUUUCAGAUGAAAUAUUAGAUAAAAUUGAUUUUGAUAAUGAUCUCUUUUGUUCACCUAAUGGAUGUGCAUUUGUAUUGCCACAUAUUCGUCGUGGAAUAUUACCAAUUAUGUUAGAAGAAAUAUUAUCAACAAGAGUCAUGAUUAAAAGUACAAUGAAAUUAAUUAAACAAAAUUCAACAUUAUACCGAAUAUUAGAUGCAAGACAAUUAUGUUUAAAACUGAUUGCGAAUGUUACUUUUGGUUAUACAUCAGCAAAUUAUAGCGGCCGAAUGCCUGCAGUUGAGCUUGGCGAUACAAUUGUUCAUACUGCACGUACUGUACUUGGAAGAGCCAUAGAUUUUGUUAAAACAAAUCCAAAAUUUGGUGGCAGAGUCGUAUAUGGUGAUACAGUAAGUAAACUAGAUUCUUUAUAAAAUCGGGCACAUCAAGUGAGAAAAAAGCAGCACUCAGUACUGAGAAGGUACUUGGGAACGAUAAAUCAGCUCAUACUUGUUUUAGUCUUACAGCAAUUAUUGUCGCUUUCUGAAACUCAAGAUGACGUGCAGUCUAGAGAUCAAAUUUGUGCCGGCGCAAUAAUUUUCUUAUUUCUGCUUUUUUUUCUUUUGAUAUCUAUGUUUGUCGUCAUCAUUCUUUAGAAAUAACCCAUGUGAGAUAGAAUAUUUUAAGUUAUUCUAUAAAUCAAAUGAAAUCAUUAACUUCUUUGCUUAAGGGGGGGGGGGGGGGGGGGGGGGGGGGGGGGGGGGGGGGGGGGGGGGGGGGGGGGGGGGGGGGGGGGGGGGGGGGGGGGGGGGGGGGGGGGGGG